GCUUUUAAGUAAGUAGAGUCUCAGAUUCGCGAAGCGGCGGGUUGGCUGGCUCACCGUUCCGUUGGGUGACGUCAUUGCGACAGCUUGCAAAGGACACUUUGUUUUGUUAGAGGUUUGAAUUUCAGGCGGUUGCCGACUCCGAGUUCGGUUUUAAAUUUAAGGGAUUUUGCCUUCUACCUCGGGACGAUGGCGUCUCCCUUUCCCCCUUCUCGAAUGUCGCAGCCGAGCAAGAAAAGUGAGAUCUUGGCUGCUUCGUUAGUAAAUGGUGUCACCCAGGCUCUGGCUAACUUGCUCGACUUAUGGAAUGAAAUGGGCAUGAAGAACGAAUUGAAGCUGGAGCGUAUGCAGGCUGUGAAAGUCCACGUUGAGAAACUGUUGGAUGACAUGAUUGAGGAAGAAAGAAACUUGAAAGAAAAGAUUGAAAGUGACAUUGAAAUACAGAAGAAGGAGUUAAGUGUAAUAAGAAAUGAACUGAAGCUAGAUCCAUACAAGGUUGAAAACGGCUUAUCCAUGCUUCAGCUCGAGAGAGAGUUUCGCUUGGCUUUAGAAGCUGCUGUUAAAGAAAAAAGAGAGAGGCUGGAGAAGUUGAGACAGUUGCAGCAGAAAAGUCAGUCACUGUGUGCAGAACUUUGUGCCACCCCCUACUACAUCCCUACUGGCAGUGUCCCCACUUCCCUGGAGCUGAAAGAACUUGAAGAACAUGUUCAGAAUCUCUUGCAAGUUAAGGAGCAAAGAUUGGAAGCGUUCUUAAACCUGAGAGGAGAAAUCAGACAGUACAAUAAAGAAAUUGGCCAUAUACCAGAUGGUACCCUGGAAAAUGAAAUGCUGCUUGAUGGCGAAGAAUAUAUUUACCUUACAAAGAAGAAUAUUGAAGAUCUUAAAUCGCUUGUUAAUCAGUUGCAGAUCAAGAAAGAAUCCUUGACUGCCAGCCUUGAGACACUGAGGACAGAAGUGCAACUCCUGUGGGACAGACUUCAGUGGCCACAAGAGCAGCAGGAGGACUUUACAAGAAUUACAAGCAAGCACUCUAUUUCUGAAGCACUGAAGAUGUGGGAAGAACAGUUGCUGAACCUGGAAGAGCUGAAAAAGGAGAAACUGAAGGACAUUAUUUUGAAAGUCAGGGAACAGCUCAAUAACUAUUGGCAGAAGUGUUUUUAUAGUGAUGAACAGAGAGCUGCAUUUCAGCCUUUUUAUAAUGACAAUUACACAGAAAACUUGUUGAGCCAACAUGACGAGGAACUUCUGAAUAUGAAACUCAAGUACGAGAAGAACCAACUUAUGUACGCUAGUGUACAGAAAUGGGUAACUACAUGGGAGCGUUUCAUUGAAUUGGAGAAAAAAUCAACGGAUCCAAGCCGACUUCUGAACAGAGGAGGUAACUUGCUCAAAGAUGAAAGGGAGCGAUCAAAGAUCCAAAAGCAGUUGUUAAAACUGAGUGAGCACCUGAAGAGAAGUAUUGAAAGUUGGGAAAGUGAAAAUGGUGCUGACUUCCUCGUCAACAACGAGAAAUUUUUAGAAUCCAUAGCCCACCAGUUGGAACAUCAUCGUCUUAGAAAAGAUCAGACCAAAAUGCCUGUGAAGCGGGAUGAAUCGGCAACCCCAAAUUCAGGUGUUAAAAGACCCGCAGGUGCAUGUGCACCAACGCCGAACAAGAGGCAGAAGGUAAAUGGAGCUUUACUUAAAUCGAGCAGCUGCUGUAAUAUCGCAACCAAAAGCGCUGGCAAACCAUCUGGUCAAAUCAAGACUCCUUCUGAAACAAUACCUCUAGAUUCCCUGCACCGACCACCAUUGGAAGAGUGCAAGGAAAGCAUAUCAGACAAUCAACUUAGCUAUUCAAAGUUCAUGAAAGACCUGUCAAUGAAAUCCACCAGCAACAGAAUUUUCAAUUCGACAUUGAAGGAGAACUUGAACUGAUGAGCCUAUCACACCUGGAGGUGAAACGGAUAGAAGAAAAGGUCCAUUUCAUAAAUGAAUUUUUUAAAAAAAUAUUCGAAAUGUAUACAAAGCUUUUUGUACAAUGCUUAUAUAAAAUGAAUAUUUCUGUUUAAGUGCUAAA